UGAAGGUGGAGGCUAGUAGAGUGCUGUCGUUUCGUUUUGCUGGACGGAUCAAUUUUGUCGCUGUUGCUUUUUGGAGAUCAAGAUUUCUUUGGAUCCUGUCGCUGCUCUUCCUCAAGAUGUCACUUUCGAUUGCUGUAGUUUGCUCUAGUAAUCAAAAUAGGAGUAUGGAAGCCCACUUAUUACUGAGUAAAAAAGGAUUCCGAGUCAGUUCUUAUGGUACUGGGACCCAUGUCCGAAUCCCAGGUGCUUCUGCAUCUCAGCCGAAUGUUUUCUCAUUUAGUACUACGUAUGAUGAAAUGUACAAGACGCUGAUCUCACGGGAUAAGGAGCUCUAUACCCGCAAUGGCAUGCUUCAUAUGCUCGACCGGAAUCGACGCAUCAAGGCUCACCCGGAGCGCUUUCAGGAGACCAACGACACGUUUGACAUCGUCAUCACGUGCGAGGAAAGAAUAUACGAUGCUGUUCUCGAUGAUAUCGAGUCUCGCUCAUCGGCGCUAGCCCGUCCCGUUCACGUCAUAAACAUUGAUGUUCCCGACAACCACGAAGACGCCAUGUUGGGUUCUAUUGUCAUGUGCGAUUUUUGUGAAAUGCUCCGAGUAUCAGACGACAUUGACGACGACAUGGAGCGUGUCAUCGAGGCAACAGAAGUCGAGUAUGGCAAGACUAUUCUUCACACUGUUGCCUUCUACUGAAAACUCCGUCUACCUAGGCUAGUACCUUCCCUUCCAGUGUCCUAUUUAUUCACAAUCAACGAAAAAAUAUAUCUCCCGGCUCUUCGGAACCGGCUUGCACAAAACACAUACUCAAAACUAGGUAGCUGAACAUACUUCUACUUGAAAUCUUACAAUGCUUUUUAUUACUCAACCAUGUGUUGGACCAUGUCAUAUGUACCUUGAAACAAAAUAUUUCUCGUCAAUAUGUUCAUAUUUUAUGAGUAGGCGUUUCAUGUUGGUCUAGUUCCGAUUGACCAUUCUAGCUGUGCUUUUUUUUCUUUUGCAUUUGGUUUUCACCUUCGUGUUAGGCCCAUGAAACUCACGCAGCUCCCCGCCCCUCCUCUUGCCCUCCCUCCAUGCAUUCUACCGAGGUUUUCAGUUGUGCUGGUCACAUCUUCCUGUAUUGAGCUUGUAUUAUUAGCUUUGCUGUUGUUUUCUCACCAAUAUUGUCUGUACGGCCGGACGACUUCCUUCGUCACAGUUUGAAAAACGUGUAAUCAACA